AGUGUGGGUGUCAGCGGGUUGGUUGGACUUGUGUUUACAGCUCGGCUGGAUGCUGUUGGCUGCUGAUGUUAUUGGGAAAGUGCAAUGUUGUACCAGCCGCUAUUGGAAUAAAUACAACCGUGGGAAUACAGGUGAUUUUGCUCAUCAUCUCCCACCACUUUCUCCUCCCGUCUUCCAUUCAUGAGCAGCGUGGCUGAGUUUAACAGCGGCAGCCAUGGAUGACAAGGGCUCGGUGGGGAAGAUUAGCGUGUCUUCGGACUCAGUGUCCACUCUCAACAGUGAGGACUUUGUCCUUGUGUCCCGGCUGGGGGACGAGACACCCUCCUCCACUAAUAAUGGUAGUGAUGACGAAAAGACAGGACUGAAGGUGAUUUCUGAGGAAGGGGUCAGCUUUAAGAUUGUGGGGAAUGGAAGUGAGCAGCAGCUCCAGAGGGAGUUAGAGGAUGUCCUCAUGGACCCAUCAGUAGCCGACGCCGGGCUCAGAUCAGAAACAGGAAUGGAAAGCCUUGGCGGGGGCGACCCUGGCCCUCUUCCCACCACAGCCUCACCUGUUCCGCCAGGCUCUGACCCUCUGAGUGCACCACCACCCAAGUUAGAGAUGGUGCUUCCUGUUCAGACGGCUCAGGAGAGUGAGCUGAAUGAGAGGUCGUACCGAGCAGAUGAAUCAUCAUCAGAGGGCAGUCCUUGCAGUCCCAUUCCAGAUGAGGACAGCGUUGUGUUCAGUCAGCUGACCUAUCUGGGCUGUGCCUCGGUCAACGCCCCCCGCAGUGAGGUGGAGGCCCUUCGUAUGAUGAGCAUCCUCAGAGGGCAGUGCCAAGUCCCUCUGGAUGUCACACUGUCUGUGCCAGGCGUGUCCGAAGGCACUGUCAGGUUGCUGGACCCCAAUGCCAGCACAGAGAUCGCCAACUACCCUAUCUACAAGAUUCUGUUCUGUGUGAGAGGCCAUGAUGGCACACCAGAGAGCGACUGCUUUGCCUUCACUGAGAGCCACUACAAUGCUGAGAUCUUCAGGAUCCAUGUGUUCCGCUGCCAAAUCCAAGAAGCGGUGAGUAGGAUACUGUACAGCUUUGCCACAGCUUUUCGGCGGUCAGCUAAGAAGGCAGUUCUGUCAUCUCAGCAACCUGCUCCCCUCACCCCUGACAGUGACUUGUUUACCUUCACUGUCAGCCUGGAAAUCAAGGAGGAUGAUGGCAAGGGUACUUUCAGUGCUGUUGCAAAAGACAAGGACAAGCAGAGCUUCAAGCUGCGUGCAGGAAUGGACAAGAAAAUUGUCAUUUAUGUGCAGCAGACCUCCAAUAAGGAACUGGCCAUUGAGAGGUGUUUCGGUCUCUUGCUCAGCCCAGGGAAAAAUGUGAAGAACAGCGACAUGCACCUGCUAGAUCUGGAGUCAAUGGGAAAGAGCUCUGACGGGAAGUCUUACAUCAUCACAGGAAGUUGGAACCCCAACACGCCUCAGUUCCAGCCUGUGAAUGAGGAAACGCCCAAAGAUAAAUUCAUGUACAUGACGACAGCAGUGGACCUAGUGAUCACAGAAGUGGAGGAGCCGGUCCGUUUUCUGCUGGAGACGAGGGUCAGGGUCUGCUCCCCGAACGACAGGCUCUUCUGGCCCUUCAGCAAGCGUAACUACACUGAGACCUUCUACCUUAAACUAAGACAGAUGGAGCGUAAGGAGCGUAAGAGUCCUGCCUCUGACACACUUUAUGAGGUGGUGAGUUUGGAAAGUGAGACUGAGAGAGAGAAACGGAAGACCACAGCUAGUCCCGGCAUCCUGCCCACCGGGACUGGAACCACAGUCCCAUCACCACCUGAGGAUGAUGAAGAAGAAGAUAAUGAUGAGCCGUUACUCAGCGGGUCAGGGGACGUUUCCAAGGAGUGUGCAGAGAAGAUCCUGGAGACCUGGGGGGACUUGUUAUCCAAGUGGCAUAUGAACUUAUCAGUGCGUCCCAGGCAGCUGCCAGCUUUGGUGCGAAGUGGCAUUCCCGAGGCUCUCCGUGGGGAGGUGUGGCAGCUCCUGGCAGGCUGCCAUAACAAUGACCACCAGGUAGAAGAGUACCGCACUCUUAUUACAAAGGAGUCCCCUCAGGAUAGUGCCAUCACCAGGGACAUUAACAGGACAUUCCCAGCUCAUGACUACUUCAAAGACACUGGUGGAGAUGGACAAGACUCCCUCUACAAGAUCUGCAAGGCUUACUCUGUUUACGAUGAGGAGAUUGGCUACUGCCAGGGACAAUCCUUCUUGGCUGCUGUGCUGCUGCUACACAUGCCAGAGGAGCAAGCUUUCAGUGUUCUGGUGAAGAUCAUGUUUGAUUACGGGCUCAGGGACCUUUUCAAGCAGAACUUUGAAGAUCUGCAUUGCAAGUUCUUCCAACUUGAGAGACUCAUGCAGGAAUAUAUACCAGACCUGUACAACCAUUUCCUGAAUGUGGGUCUGGAGGCUCACAUGUACGCCUCUCAGUGGUUCCUCACCCUCUUCACAGCCAAAUUCCCUCUUUACAUGGUCUUCCAUAUCAUUGACCUGCUACUGUGUGAGGGCAUCAGUGUGAUCUUCAAUGUGGCCUUGGCACUUCUGAAGACAUCAAAAGACGAUCUGAUUCAAACAGACUUUGAGGGUGCGCUCAAAUUCUUUCGUGUCCCAGUACCAAAGAGGUACCGCUCUGAGGAAAACGCCAAGAAACUGAUGGAGCUGGCCUGCAGCAUGAAGAUCAGCCAGAAAAAGCUGAAGAAAUUUGAGAAGGAGUACCACACCAUCAGGGAGCAGCAGGAGCAACAGGAGGCCCCCAUCGAGAGAUAUGAGCGGGAGAACCGGCGUUUGCAGGAGGCUAACAUGCGUUUGGAGCAGGAGAAUGACGACCUGGCACAUGAGCUUGUCAGCAGCAAGAUAGCUCUGCGCAAAGACCUCGACAAUGCUGAGGAGAAAGCAGACGCCCUGAAUAAAGAGUUGCUGCUGACCAAACAGAAACUGGUGGACUCUGAGGAUGAGAAGAGAAGACUGGAGGAAGAAUCUGCACAGCUGAAGGAGAUGUGCCGGCGAGAGCUUGAUAAGUCUGAAUCAGAGAUAAAGAAGAACGGCUCCAUUAUAGGAGAAUACAAGCAGAUCUGCUCCCAACUAAGUGAACGACUGGAGAAACAACAGACAGCCAACAAAGGAGAACUGGAGAAAAUCCGGUCCAAAGUGGAAGGCUGUGAGAAGUGCAGUAGUCUUUUCAACAAAGAAGGUCGUGUGCGGGCCGCUGUGACCACAGCACCUGCCGGAGGGACUGAGGAGACAGACGAAGAGAAGGAGGGUUUGAAGAACCAGCUAAGAGAGAUGGAGCUGGAACUAGCCCAGACCAAACUGCAGCUGGUGGAGGCUGAGUGCAAAAUCCAGGACCUGGAGCACCACCUGGGUCUGGCCCUCAAUGAAGUUCAGGCCGCCAAGAAGACCUGGUUCAACCGAACACUCAGCUCUAUCAAGACGGUCACUGGGACCCAGGGCAAGGAGACCACCUAACCUGAUAACCCCAUCAUCCACUUUUACCCAGACCGUGUCUGGAGCUCAGUGCAACUCACCACACUGACCCUCUGGACGCCUAACUUAACCCACUGGGCCAUAACUUUAACUUGAACAUUGACCGUUAAAUCCCAGGAUGACCAUUACUAUGGACUGCGUUACUUGUUCCUCCCAUCAAGAAUGUCCUCAUGUUUCUCUGUUCCCACUGCUCCUGAUCUAAUCACCCCUAUCCAUUUAUUCUCCUCUCCACCCCGAAUGACUACAGACAAAUGUGCUGAUGAGAAGGGGUUGAAAAACACAAGAUGAAGUACAACGGUACCACUUUUCCCAGAGACACAAUGUGCUUCCACCGGUCACAGAAAGAAACGCGUAAAAAAGAAGCUUCAUUUAUUUCUGUCUUUGUACUGCUGAUAUUAAAGACCGCAGAGGGAAGGUAGGACAUCUGAACUGUUACUGUCCUGACGGGAUAGAGAAGAAAACACUCCGUCCUUCCUUACUGUUCUGCGUGCUCCCCUCUAAACUACUGGCACAAACCAACCAGUCCCUGUAAAAUGUUUGUUUUAGGUACGAGAGCUAAUAGACGCCUUUUCAAAACUGAGCUUUUUCUAAUUUACGUUGAAAAAUACCUUUCUUUUUCUAUGUAAGUACCUGAAUGUGCUUAUGUAAUGAGUGUGUGUGUGUGUGUGUGUGAGUGUGAGAGAGAAUGCAUGUCUUUUUUUUGUUUUGUGUUGACUGUGAGGUGUAUGUGUUCAUGUGUGAGACUGAAAAAAAUGUUUGAAAGCAUUAAUAAUUGACUGAAAUAACUUUGAAAUAUGUGUAUAAAAGAAAGAGCGAGACUGUGGAAGUCCAAGGGAACGAAAAAAAGCACUAAAGUUAUGAGUGUGUGCAUGCAUGUAAAGGGGAAAAGGUUUUCCCUGGUUGUCUAGUUUCCUUUAAUGUUCAAAUGUGUAUAUGAAUGAUGCUAAAGAAAAGUUUGCUGACAAAGCCUUGAUCUGAAGGUCGAUAAAAAUUAUACUAGUGGAUAUGAAUAUGUAAUUUACAGCAAGGACAGAAGCAUAAAGGCUGUUUUAAUUUCCAACAGCAGCAGAACUUUCCUCACAUCAGAUUUCAUCCAUAAAACAUGCUCAGGGUUUGUUUGGUUUGGAUGUCCCAGCACAAAGAAACUAAAAAAGCUCCAAACCAUGCAAACCUCCACAUGUAUUAUACAGUACCUGUAUGUAUGUAAGAACACUGUUAAAGCCUUGAAUGGUGCGAUGAACGAACACACACAUAUACAGGAUGUCGUAAUUCCUGCUGCAAUUGAACACAUCUUUAAAAACCCCUCCCUCCUCUCUUUCUGUGUCACAGAGAAUACUCACUCAGUGGCUAAUUAUUUGGGACACCUGCUCGUUAAAGCGGUCAUCUGUGUCCUCAUAACGUAUAGACAAGGUCAAGACGUGUGGUCACUUUCUGGAAAUAGAUAGUAGAAAGGGUGAGAUGUUGUAUCAAAAAGAUGGUAUGGUUAUUUUUAUACAGGAUGGCGAGGACAGCAGAGGCAAUGGAGUCUGUAGCAAAAAACAAAACAUGCCUCAUCAUUUGCUAUGUUUCAAUUCUAUUGAGAAGCAAAUUUUAAGCAAACUUUUCAAAUGUUGCAAAAAACAAAAGUGAAUGAAUUAUUCAUCAACUGGUUUCGCAUGAUAAACUAGGCUACAGCUUAGUUUCGACCAGAAGUUGGAGCUAUAGGCUACACAUGCUGUAACCCACCAGUAAACAGAGCAGAAGGAGUGCAGGUUGCAAACUGAAAACUAAAGAGUUGCCAUCUACGAGAGAAAAAAAUGGGGUGUGCUCUUUCAGAAUUUGGUCAUUUCUAUUCAGCUUUUCUAAUGCAAUACUUCAACAUGUGAAUGUCCAGAGGACAAUUGGAAGAAAAAGAAGUUGAAAGAAACUGGAAGGCAACCAGGACAGAGAUAAGUCCAGCACAUUGUAUGUGUAACUUGUUGAAUAUUGGCUUGACUUGAGUGUCGAAUGUUGGGAGAUGAGGCAACAGAAGGCAGAUUAUUGGAAAAUGCUACAUGAUGCAACAAAUGAUGGGGGAGUCAGAAUUGGCUUAGUCUGUCAUAGAGUACAAAAGCCUUGUUACUGUCCAGGUGCAUCUCUUUCUGGCAAAGCGCUCUUCAUCUCAAAAUAGAUCCCGUAACAUGACAGAAACUUGUGUUUAUUCCGGCUGCCUGCACUCGACUGCGUAAGAGCACCUUUGGGAUGAGGUGGAACAGGAUAACUACAGCACAAGCAUCUCGCAGCUUCCUAAAAAAUCUGCAGAAAUUGAUCGCAUUAUCGAACCAGCGUGGAGCAAAAUCCCUGUGAAACAUUUUCAACACCAUGAUGAAUUCAUGCCUUCAUGGAUUCAAUGUGUUCAAGAGGCAGAGGCAGAUGUUCCCGAGCACUGAGAGGGUUGAAAUAUUGAAGUGGCCACUGAGUUUUUACACACAUAGUUGUGAAUGUGUGAGAGUUGCACCCACUCAAAGACACUCGUCAACUGCCAGAAGUGAAACCCUGCACCGUAAGCAUGGAUCAGUAUCACAGGAGUUAAACUGUCCGUCACAGGACUCCAAAUGGAUGUCAAAGGUCAAAGCAAGAGUCAGACUGACAUGCUCUCUAAAUCUGUCCCGAGGAGGUGGGGGGGUUAAAAUUGCUUGCUUGUGUGUGUUUUCAUAUUACUGAUUAGAAAGUGGGCUCAACAAUAUCCCAAUUUAUUCAUAUUCUACUGAUCAUAUUGGACUAAAGGAAAAAAACCAGCUGUAUUUCCUUUUCCAGCCUAAAAUAAACAGUUACUGUAAAUUGCAUUGAACUUGAAGGUGGAAGCUGAUUGGCUGAAAUCUACUGGUGAUGUCAGAGGAAAUGUCUAGAUGAAGUUGAAAGAAACAGGGCCGUUCCUCUAAAGGCACUGGGUUGUAUAUAACAAACAUAAAAAAUGAAUAUCAAGUUUUUGUUUAUGAUUUUCUACUCUGUAACUAUAACUAAUGUUGCCUACUUGUACCUACCAACCUGCUGCCGUGCUACAGUUUAAUCCACAACGAUGUUUUAUGUUUUUUAAUGUUUAUUUUGCUCCAAGCUUCUCAGUCAGACUGCUGUUUGGUUAAUUAAAUGCCAAAACGUAGCUUUAUCAUCAACAACAAAAACAUUAUCAACGUGUGGAAAUUGUAAUAGUGUAGGAUGCAUUGUGUAUACUUCAUGAAUUUCAAUAUAAAGAUAUCAACACAAAA